AUGAACAAAAACGGAACAGCUAAAAUGAAUGAUAAUCAAAUUAGAGCAGAAGGUAGAAGGUUAUUUAAACGCUUCUAUAACAUUCCUGAUGGUGUUAAUCCUAAAACUCGUAGAAGCUAUUUAAAUGAAGCAAUAGAUGCAUAUGAAGGGUUUGACAUUUCAUCAGAAAGUGAGAGAUUAGCGAGAAUGUUAAAUGUUAAUAUUGAUUUCUAUUAUUGUGAUCCUCAACCAGAAGACGUGGACAUAAAUAAGGUAGACUUUCCAUUAGUGGAAUCAAUAAUGAUAGAUCCAGAAUUUGAAACAGUAAAUAUUUUAUUAACACAGAGUCCAUGUGGAAAACUUCACGCUGACAGAAUAACAGACGUUGAAGCACUCACCGGCUAUAAAGUUUGUCCAUAUUGUAAAGAAGAAGUUUAUUCUAUCCGUGAUGAUCCAGAAAGGAAAAACCAAAGAAGAUUUUUAAAGCAUUGUGAGAAAUGUAAAGAAAAUAAUGGAAGAUUAAUUCAAGACGUUCAAUUGCAAAAGACACAGCAACCAUAUGCACCACAUAUUACGAAACAGAAGAUAUAUCAGUGGUUAUUAGCUCACAAUUUGCAGGAAUAUUAUCAACCGACAAGAUAUUAUAUUACUUUUGACUUUGAAACAUUAGAGACUAAAGAAGAAUUACAACUUUCUGAGUGUGCAACUUUGA